UAAUAUUUUUCUCCAUAAGAUGUUUUUCCAUUGACAAUCUUACCCGUUUCUCUUUACUUCAUUUUCCUUUUCGAUUUUUCUUGAUUGUCACUUAAUUGUUCAACCGAUGAGCCCAUUUUUCAAUUUAGUUGGUUAAUUGUUCAAUCUAUUGACAACAACAUUUCCAAUGGCUAUUUAACAUAUUGUGAUAACUCAUUGGAUACCUAUGGAUCCAUUGAUUUGUUUUGAUUCCUUGUUGUUGUCACAAUGUUGUUGUUAUUGUGGUGAUAAUGAUAAUGAAAGUGGUAAACAAAUAAUCAUUGUUACACUUUAACCAUUUAAAUGAUUGAUUGUUGACAAAAUGGAUAUCAUAAUGUGUCCAUCAUCAUUGUUAAUACUUAGUAUGAUUAACAUUCAACAUUAUAUUUAUCACCUAUUUUCUUGAUAAUCAUCAAUUGCUUAUUAUUGGUGUUGUAAUUACUGUUCAUCUAUUGGUUUGGUUAAUAUUAAUCGACAUCAUCACUUUUAAUCACAAUCAAUAAUAUUACAUAAUCAAUCAAUUGAUUUGUGUACUGCUACUGUUCACAAUUUAACAAUCAUCUUUUACCGAAACAAUUUCAAUCAAUCGUAUAUGAAUGAAGAUAUUAAAUGAAGCUCGGUUUGCUAUGCGUUGAGAUGGUAAUCUUUGUGUUUCUUGGUAAUAUUGAGGCCGAUUUUCCUGAUGAUUUACCUUCAUCUUGUCCUCGAGAUAAAUCAAGACUGGUAAGGACCAUAAUUGAUAAGAAAAUAUUACCUAUUUUUGACCGUUAUCGUAUUGAGAUGCCCAUUGAGUGUCCGUUUCAUCCUCAUCGUGAUCUCCUUUGGUGGCCAGAAGAUAAUCUAUCAGCUUAUAUUUUCGAUGGGUUUUUGGAUAAUGAUAAAUCUUCACCAUCAUCAACCUUUUCCAUCAUCUCAAUAACGGAAACUCUGGCCUCGUUUUUCAUUUCGAUCUGGCGAUGUCCACUUUGCUUCAAACUGUUCGACUGCUCUGAGAGAUUAGCCCACCACUGGGAUUACGAUCAUAGACUUUAUCGUCACCGGACGGAAAACUUUGUGUGCCUCAGUGACUUUUGUGAUUUCAUCCGAUGUGACAUAUUGACCCGUCGUCGGAUCUAUCCUACAAUCGGUACCUCGAAAUAUUUGUCCAGAAUGAUUUCAUCAACGUUAUCCAUCAAUUCUGGUGACCUUUCACCUCCAAAUUCAGCGGCCAUUUUAGGUCCACAAAAUUGUAACCAAACGGAAAUGAUUUCCCUGGAAAAACGAUGUCGAAUUACAGUUCGACAAUGUUUACUUCCGUUGUUAAUUAGUAAGAUCACAAUUAAAGAUUUCCACGAUAUUGAAGAUGACCUGGUCAAGGAAGCUUGUGGUUACCUUGAUUGCGAUAAAUUUUUCGACCUCACAAUCCAUGAGGAAUCAGCUCGACCAUUGUCGUUUUGUUUACUCAUGGGAAUCGUGAUGAUCGGAGGAUUUUUGAUCUGUUAUUAUAUUGUUUGGUAUCUUUUUGAAUCAACAAUUGUUCUUAAACGGGCUCGAUUGGAGCUGAUUAGACGGGAACGGCAAGCGAAAGGAAACCGGCCUCCGUCUUCUUUACGUUCGUCGCCAUCACCAACUCCACCGACAUCUGAUAAGAUGACACUACUUCCGGGUUCAGGAGGUCAAGUAAAGAGACAGUGGCAGUUGGUUCAAGAUCAAUUUUCUUCUAAGGCCGUUGCCAAUGCUGCUACGACUUGGAAGAACUAUCGAUAUGUGGCCUCGUCUUCUCGACGUUCCGGUGAAUCGGAAACAUCUCAAGAAGACGCAAGUCCAGGUUCAAGUGAAAGUCGAUACAUUGUCACCCAUCCAAUUGGUAGUCGAAGGUACCAAAGACCCAGUCACCUUUAUCUGGCCUCAGAAUUGGCUCUUUUACUUGAGAAAAGAUCAAUGGAAACUGUUCCAGAAUUUUCUGAUGACCAGAUUAGCCCAGGGGUCAACUGUUUAUCCAAAGUUUCUUCAUUUCCUCCUCCAGCUCCUCCGCCAUCUUCCACCGCUCAGUCGACUUAUCAUCGUCCUUCGUCAGCUGGUGCUACUUACAGAUCAGGAUUAACUCGAUCAAAUGUCGCAAUAGUAUCGAAACAAAAUGACGAAUCACAAAUGCCGCAAGGUUCACAGGAUUUUCGUCAAAAUAGUUCUCGGUCGAUGGUAUCAAUCCAAAGGGGGAACUCGAUGGUCUCUCCAGUACCAUCGACAUCUGAUCAUAUACCGAACUAUUAUCCAAGUAGACGACGUGAUUUUGCUCUAAAAGGUCGCCAUCGAAAUCGAUAUGAAGGAGAUGAUUAUACUUUUGAUGACGAAGAAAACGAUGAACUGAUCACCGCCAUCACAACUUCUUGCGUUAAUUCAAGUACAAAAAGGCCACAAUCCGUUCAGCCAACGACAAUCAUCAAAACCAACCAAUCGUCCUAUGGAGUUGUAGUUUCCGAUGCUGAGGUUGCAAGAUAUCAUUACGAUUAUAGUCGAGGUGUCAACUCGAAAGUACCAAAUGAAUAUCGAUCAAGUCGAGGAGUUUUAUUUUCCACUCGCAACCAUGAUAAAAGAAGGUGCGAGUUUAAUUUUGAGGAUGAUGAUGGAAGAUCAUCAUCAGGCCAUAAAAGCUCAUCUCGAUCGACAAAUGAAGCGCCAAGUACUCGAAUAAUGGGACGAAGUGAAAGAGGUCGAUUCAAAUUUGAUCGGGACUCAUCAGUAUCCGCAUCCGACACCGUCACGACUACUGGCCUGGAAAUUGAAUCUGAACCAGCAGUUUCGGUGACAAGUGGCCGCAGAUUUUGUCGACCGGGAAUGGUUCGUAGUAUCUCCUCGACCGGGGCCAUAAGACGAUCGGCGAUGAUCUCUCAAAGGUCACAAGAAUCGCCGAUAACGGUCCCAACUCCAACUAUACCCACGGGAACAUUGAAUUCUGGUGCACCUAAUCAAUCACGUUAUCGAUUAACUAAAUCACAAUCAAUGGAUAAUCCAGUUUCCUCGAAAAAUAAACAAUCAGCUCGAUCAACUCAUCGUUGACAAUUUAAAAUUUAAAUUAUUGGGAAAAAAGUCUAAAAUCAAUUGAAUAACUUUAAUUUCAAUUGAAUUCACUCAUAUUUAUGGACAAUGUCCAACAAUUAGUUGAUUGUGAUUAAUCAUCGACUCGUUAAUCACACGACUGAUUGUUAAAUGUUGAUUUUCAUCAGCUAUGAUUAACUAAAUUAUCAUGGAAAUUGGUUAAUCAUCAUCAGCUUCAUUCCAUCAUUUAAUUGUUCACAUGUAAAUGCUUCAGAUUUUUUUUUCUAGUUAUUGAUUGUCUAAAUUAAAUUGUGAGUCUUUUGGCUUCCUUUAAUUUGCCACAAUUCACAUAAAUAUAUAGUACUUAAGAAAAUUAGUUAAUUGUUACAAUUUGUUUUCUUUCUGUAGCUUAAUUUAGUUGCAAUUAGUUUAAAGUUGUAAAUCACUGAGCAUAUUUAACGAUAAAUGUUUAUUAUUAGAUGUUAAUUAUUAGACAAUAUCACAUUUUAAUCACUGCCUUAGUUAAUAUUUUUUGGCUUCAUUUGAAAUCAACUGAACUUAAUCAACUUUUAAAUUGUUAACAAUUAACUUUCACCUUUCAUCUUCAUCAAUCAUUUGACCAAGACAGUUAAAGCCAAGACGCACCAAGUAACAAUUAAAAUGCAAAUACAAUUGUGUUCAGCAAUUAAAAAGCCAUCGUAAACCACCAAUGAUCAAAUUAACUGAGAGAUGAACAAUUAAAGUGGUUAAUUGUUGCAAGUUUUAAGCAAUCAAACCAAAGGGAGAUCGGACAAUUAAGUUAAUUUGUCUUUGGCGAUUGCAAUUGUAUCUUCUAAUUGUUGGUUGAAUAUUUUGUCCAAAGAAAAUGUUAAUUAACUUUUGAAUCCAAGUCAAUCCAAUGGGAUCAAUUUAAAUGUAAAUUACAAUUAAACGAAUGCACUGAUUAACUAAAUUGGUCAAGAAAAAGAAAACAAUUAAUUCAAGUUAUUCUCAAUUAAAGAAAACAUUAAACAAUA